UCAUGUGUGAUACGUUUUUAAUUCGUCCUCCUACUGUAAAUAUUUGCCGAGUUGAGAAUUAUUAUUGGAAAGUAAAUAUCUUCCUCCUCGCCGUGACAUUCUACUCCUAGCAUUGCUCUCAAGUCUCAAGAUCAGUCUUAUCCGAAUCGUGAGUGCAGGCAGUUGCGUUUAUAUUGCAAUGAAACUCGGAUUUGGCGUUUUAAUAACAAUAAGACGGCGGUCUGCGGUUCGAUUCGCCGCUAACGAGAUUCAUUAAACACCCUGUUGUGCUUAGUGUGCGUAUUUGAUUUGGAGUGGUUGAGUGGUUAACACCUGUGUUAUUUCACUGACCCAAUUUGCGAACUAUUUCCACGGGAAUUGCACACGAAGUUGGAAGAGUCAAGGCAUUGCCUUCGAUUAAGCGAACUUUUUGAUGGAUUAAACUUCAUUUGAAUAAACUAGUACGGGCUGAUCGAAUCCAUGGCGCCCAAAAUCGACGAGCCGGGCAAAAAUAGCGACUCUAAAGUCGCAAGUGAUGCGAAUUAUGUGGUUAAAAAACAGUGCGAGUGUAAGAAAUUGCAAAGUGUUUUGCCCGAAAAGAACAAAAACGCGAGACCUAAGUACGGCAGGUCAGUUUCUGUGUGCGAUUUAUCUUCGGACAAGCACAAGUCGACCAAGAAAAGUGCGACUUUGGGGUCGGUGCCGGCGAUCGAUGGACUGGGGAAAAGCCAAAAAACGACGGGCUACUCCAGGUUGUUGUAUUGCUGGAGGAAGUUGAAGAGGUCGCUGUCGAGCUCGGGAAGUAAGGACGGUAGCAAAGUUACUACGGUGGUAGCAACACCUGGACAAGGUCCCGACAGACCGCAAGAAGUCUCAUACACUGACACCAAAGUUAUCGGCAAUGGCAGCUUCGGAGUCGUCUAUCAGGCCAAGCUGUGCGAAACCAACGAGUUCGUCGCCAUCAAAAAAGUCCUCCAAGACAAGAGGUUUAAGAACCGGGAACUUCAAAUAAUGAGGAAAUUAGAACAUUGUAAUAUAGUUAAACUUAAAUAUUUCUUUUACUCCAGUGGAGAUAAGGCUGAAGUUCCUUGCGAUAUGUCCAUAUUCAUGGCAUCAAGUACGCAGAAGGACGAAGUGUACCUGAAUUUGGUGUUGGAAUACAUCCCAGAAACGGUAUACAGAGUAGCGAGACAUUACAGCAAAUCAAAGCAAACAAUCCCGAUAAUUUUUAUCAAGUUGUAUAUGUACCAGUUAUUCCGAUCGUUGGCGUACAUACACUCGUUGGGUAUCUGUCAUCGGGACAUUAAACCGCAAAAUCUUCUGCUGGAUCCAGGCACUGGCAUAUUGAAGUUGUGCGACUUCGGCAGCGCUAAACACCUCGUCAAAGGCGAACCGAACGUCUCGUACAUUUGCAGUCGUUAUUACAGAGCACCGGAACUGAUAUUCGGCGCUAUCGACUACACUACGAAGAUCGACGUGUGGAGUGCGGGCUGUGUCCUGGCCGAAUUACUGCUGGGCCAGCCGAUAUUCCCCGGAGAUUCCGGUGUAGACCAAUUAGUAGAAAUUAUCAAAGUUUUAGGCACGCCAACUAAAGAACAGAUCAAGGAGAUGAAUCCGAAUUAUACAGAGUUCAAGUUUCCGCAGAUCAAGUCGCAUCCUUGGCAACAGUUUUUGCUGUCGAGAAUGUCUCUACCACAUUGUAGCACCAAUCACCAAAGAAUACGUGUAUUCCGAGCACGGACUCCCCCAGAAGCGAUCGAGUUAGUGGCCAGACUUUUGGAGUACACUCCUUCAUCACGGAUCAGUCCAUUGCAGGCUUGUGCUCACGCAUUCUUCAACGAGCUCCGGGACCCCAACACCCGCUUGCCCACAAAUAAAGAACUGCCCCCUCUAUUCAACUUCACGGAACAAGAGUUGAGUAUUCAACCUUCAUUGAAUUCCAUUCUGAUACCGCGAGGGGUGCAGGAGGCCGCCAACAGUCCGCAAGACGGGGCCGCGUCGUCGGGGGCGACGGACGCCGCCGACACGACGGCAGCCCCCGUGCAAGCGACCGCCGCCGGAAUACCUUAAGUAGUUCAAUCCUCCAAGGGAAGGGCCCCUUUCGCUCGUCCCAUUUCUCCCUUUAUCUAGUAAGCGAUCUGUGUGAGAUUGUUGAUUGGGACAGCUGUACUAUAUUUAAUAUACGUGCGUUUGUACAGAAUUUGAUUAGUUGUUUGUAGGCGUUUGUGUUAAUGCCCUUUUGUUUUAGCGCGUUCAUUUUUACAAAUUUUGUUGCGUUUGAGUUGCAUUGAAAAAUCUGGUGUCGCACCAAUCACAAUAUAUGUACAUAUUAUUUAUACAUAAAAACAUUUGUAAAUUUUAAGUAGGUUUAGUUGAAUGAUUACUUUAGUUUGUUUUUGGAACCGUUGGAACAGAUUUUUCAAUGAGCAUAUUUGUAUUACCAGACAUAAAUUCGUAUAUUUUUAAACAAGGCAAAAUAAGUUAUUGAUUAACGUAGAUCUUCUUGGUGAUUUUCAUCGUUAUAUUAGUGGUUUUAACAUAAUUUACUUACGCAAAGCAUUUGGUGUUAAUUAUUUAAGGUUAUUCGUUUUGGUAUGAGUAGUAAUUGUAUAACAACCUGACAUCGCGAUAAAAUCCAGGACCGUAGAGUAAAACAGUUGGUGUGAAUUGAUAUGAGUAUACAAACGAGAAAGAUAUUUAAUCUUGAAAUAUUGUGUACUUCUAGCUUACGCUUUAGAAAAAAUGAGUGAAACAUUACAACGUAGAAUUAUCCUAAUGAUCGUACUAGCUUACGAAGUGCAAUGCGUUAACAUUUCUGAACACGCCUCCAAGAAACUAGGACAAUUAUUAUUAGUUUCCAUAGAUGUGCACUAUCUACGGUUUGGAGUUAUUUUUUAAACGCAAGAUUAUGUGCAAAGUGUGUUAUUUUGACAUAGCCAAAUUAAUAAUUUAAUUUAAGGUAAAAGCACACUCUCCCUUCUCCCGCUCCUCGACACCCCUCCAACAAUCGCAAUAUUAAAAUAAAACAUUAUAAUGACAGUUAACUCAAUUUCGAUGUUUCCUAAAAUGCGAAUAAAUCAUCUGAAUAAGCGACUUUUUCAUUUCAAGCCCUCUCGUUGCAACAGUCGGGUGUGCUUGUACCUUAAGUGGUUACAGGUGAAGUUUUAGACAUUUGGCCCCACUUGGGGGCCAGUCACAGUUUCAGGUCUUCACGUGAAGUCGGCGAUCUUUCAGUGGAGAGGAUUAAAUGUCUAGAAUUUUAAACGAAUGACUUCUACGCUAGUAGUAUUUAUGACUGUGUCGGUUAGUUAAAGAGUGAGACUCACCUUGGAAUAGUCUGUCUGUCGCCCCAAUUGUUAUGUAAAUAUCUUGUUUUAUGAAAAUUUUGUGAUUUCCAUAGAUGCAAGUGCUCUAGAGUAGAAGGUCAAAACAUAACAUAUCAAAAUAUUUUUUAUGAGUAAUUAGUUGAGUUUAGUUGCGUUCGGGCGCCCCGAAUUAGUCAGGACAGAGUUUAUUUUAUUUAUGAUUAAUUAUAUGAUUUGAUUGAAAUGUAUACUUUUCUCUACCAAGUGAGAUUGGAACCAGCUUUGUGUUAGAAUAUGCAUUCUAUGAAUGCACUUCAUUGUUGUACCAUGAACUAAAAGUGCGCCCUUCCUGAGGCCAGCCUAGCGGCAGCAUUUUUCCUUCAUGUUGUCAUGUGUAGCAUCUAGCGAACUGAAGCAAUUGUAAAUAACGGUAAUUUUGCAGGCAAUAAGCGGAGCUCUUGGACGCACUUUAAGAAUUGCUUCACGUUUGCUUAGGGCUGUCUUUAUUGCCUUGGAAAAUUCGAGUAGACGAAAUAAUCUCCUGCACAGCUUAUCUAGACACGAAAUCGAAUGGUUGCUUCGGUUUUAUGCGUACUUUCAUUCUGGACAACCAAAUAUACUCCUCGAGGCCCGCUCAGUGUGCAGGUUUUCAAAAUUUUCGGCAAACUAGUGUAAAUUUGUAAAUACGCUUUUACAACAUGUUCAACACUCGCGAAAUGUAACCAGGUUAUGUUUGGUUGGUCCUGUGCUGUUCUUAGAACUCCUAACUAUGUCGUUUUAUUUAGAGUUUUAGGCGGAUUAUAUUUCAAAUUUCUUUCAGCUCAAUGUUUUACGCUGUAUAUAUCUCGCUUAUUAUAUGUAAACUUGACACUGGAAUAUGCAAUAUAUACCAUGAAUAUUUAAAAUAUAAAGAAAGUAUUAAAAGUU